AAAGUAGUCAAAAAUCGCAUUAUCCUUCGUGAGAAAGGACAGUGACAGGUUGGUAGUUCACUCAGCAUUAGUGUCUCUACUUGGAAAAGAAAAGCCGACUCGCACCCAUAACACUGUCCGAGUCCGACCCGACAGGAAAAAGAUUUCCAUAGCAAACUUUCUUCGAUUCCACCACCAACCACCGCCUGCGUCCAUACACUCCUCUCCCCCGCGACUCCCCGCGCCUGAUUCGCCCUCUGUGUUUCUCUCUCUCUCUCACAAACACACAGACACACACACAAACUUCGGUGCAGAAAGACAAAAGAAAGGGUUUUUCUGCGCGUUCAACUUGGUUCUGGAUCUGGGCACUUCAAUUUCCGGUGCAAACUGGCUAUGGACUACGAACCCUACGACAGUAGUGGAACUGAUGAUGAUCUUCCACCAGCACAUCAGAAUAGGAUUCCCAGAGGGGGACGUCUUGCUGGAAAUGGAAGAUCUGCUGUAGGUUCAAUUCCAUUCCCCAGGAUGUACCCGGAUGUUGAUAUGGAAGCUCAAAUUCAUCAACUUGAGCAGGAAGCAUACAGUUCAGUUCUACGAGCCUUUAAAGCUCAAGCUGAUGCCAUUACUUGGGAGAAGGAAAGUUUGAUAACAGAACUAAGAAAAGAACUGAGGUUAUCAAAUGAGGAACAUAGGGAACUUCUAGGCCGCGUUAAUGCAGAUGAUGUCAUACGAAGGAUAAGGGAGUGGAGACAGGGAGGAGGCCACCAACCUGGCCUGCUGAAUACUGGGCAAGCGAUUCAUGAUUCAAUUCCAAGCCCUACAGUCUCUGCCUCUCGUAACAAGAAGCAGAAGAUAACAGCAUCUGUUCCGUCACAAUCUUUUGGUGGACCUUCUCCUCCAUUUCACCCCCAACCAGUGGCGACACCUCACCAGCCCUCUUCAUCUGUGGGAAAACGUGGAUCUGUUCCUGGAGCUAAGGGCAAGAAGCAAAAACCUGGCCAGAUGGUACCUGGUGGAUCUUCAUUAAAGCUGCAGCCACCAACAGGACCAGGCGGAAGGAAUCCAUUGCCUAAUAGAGUUACUUCUGGUGCUGUCAUGGGUGAGCAUGCUGAGGGAGCAUCAUUUAAUUCAUUAAUUGGUAGGAGAGUGCGGACAAGAUGGCCAGAUGACAAUAACUUCUAUGAAGCUGUUAUUGCUGACUACAAUCCAACUGAUGGACGACAUAAUCUGGUUUAUGACAUGGGGAGUACAAAUGAAACAUGGGAAUGGGUACAUCUCUCAGAGAUCUCUCCUGAAGAUAUACAAUGGGUAGGUGAGGAUCCUGGAAUAAAUCGUGGGGGUUUUGGCGGAUCCGGUCAAGGGAUACAUAGGUCUGUAGGACGUGAUAGUGUUCCAGGAGUAGCUGCAGGAAGAGGUAGAGGAGCCCCAAAGGGGCAAUCUAGGAAAGAUUUCCUGUCAACACAAAAUGGUAUUGGAAAAAAGACCCCAGAGGAUAUACAAAUACUUCAUACAGACACACUAGUUAAGGAGGUAGCUGAAAACCUUUGAAUCAAAUUGUUUGGUUA